CGGUGUGCAGCACAUGCGCAGUGAGGCGGAGGCUGGGAGAAGGUUCGAGAAGCGGAGAUUGUUCCCUCGCGGCCCCUGGAGACGGCGCCAUGAUCAUCCCGGUCCGCUGCUUCACCUGCGGCAAGGUGGUCGGGAACAAGUGGGAGGCCUACCUGGGCCUGCUGCAGGCGGAGUACACCGAGGGUGAUGCGCUAGAUGCAUUGGGCCUGAAGCGUUACUGCUGCAGACGGAUGUUGCUGUCCCAUGUAGACCUGAUUGAAAAGCUCUUGAACUACGCACCUCUGGAGAAAUGAUGUGCCCUUGGGUGUUUGGAUUGUGGCGAGCAAACGUAUUACUCAAACCCUGUCUGUUUUAAUGGCAGGAUUCUAUACACCUGUGGAUCUGGAUAGUUUACUACUUCAACCUACGUUUUUGGGCCUGGGAGAAGAGAAGAAUUUUCAUUUUGUCUAUCUUGUAAAUAAAAUGAGGAUUUAACUCGAGCCUUUUUUUUAUACAGUGGACUGGAAAUUUCUAUCCUUCGUGAAGGGUUACUCUGAUUUGGAUUGUUGAGAGAGUGAAUGCUCUUUAAAUUUAGAAGAAUUCUGCUGGGAACAUUUUUUUAAAACUGUUACUGUUGUUUAUCUUGAGCUGUGUUCUCUAAUCUAUGUUUAUUUGUAAUAAAUAAUUUGACUACUUUCA